AUGCCUGGUACGGGGUCUUCUGGCUGCCUGCGGGACAGGGUCCCCGCGCGGGCUCCGCCUGGGCACCUGGCGGGCAACCCCGCUCGCGCCUGCGCGCCGAGGUGCGAGCGGAGCGGGCUGCACUCAGAGCCCCGCAAGCCCCGACUAGACUCGCUGCGUGGACUUGGGAGAAUCCGGCCACCUCCCUAUCCCAGGAAGUGGGACCUGGGCUCAGGAAACAGCCAGGUGACCGAGCUUCUUUUGGCUCCGUUUCAGAUAGCCAUCCGAGCUUGCUUCCUCGGCUUUGUGUUUGGCUGCGGCAUGUUGCUAAGUUUUAGCCAGUCUUCCUGGAGUCACUUUGGCUGGUAUAUGUGCUCCUUGUCACUGUUCCAUUAUUCUGAGUACUUGGUCACAGCAGUCAAUAACCCCAAAAGUCUGUCCUUGGAUUCCUUUCUCCUGAAUCACAGUCUGGAGUACACCGUGGCUGCUCUUUCUUCUUGGAUAGAGUUCACGCUGGAAAAUAUCUUCUGGCCAGAACUGAAGCAGAUCACGUGGCUCAGUGCCUUGGGGCUGCUGAUGGUGGUCUUCGGAGAGUGUCUGAGGAAAGCGGCCAUGUUCACAGCUGGGUCCAAUUUCAAUCACGUGGUGCAGAAUGAAAAGUCGGAAACUCAUACCCUGGUGACAAGCGGAGUGUACGCCUGGUUUCGGCACCCUUCGUACGUUGGGUGGUUUUACUGGAGCAUCGGGACCCAGGUGAUGCUCUGCAACCCCAUCUGUGGCGUUGGCUACGCUCUGACGGUGUGGCGGUUCUUCCGGGAUCGAACAGAAGAGGAGGAGAUCUCGUUAAUUCACUUUUUUGGAGACGAGUACCUGGAGUAUAAGAAGCGGGUGCCCACAGGGCUGCCUUUUAUAAAAGGGGUCAAGGUGGAGCUGUAACGCGGCGGGAGCAGGCCAGGCUGGGCCGAGGGGCCUCCCCCUCCACGCAGCCCGGGACAGAGCCGCGGAGUGGAUCGCCUGCAUCGUCCUGUACGUCACCAGUUACUCUUCUGGGACCUCACUCAAGACCGAGCGGUCAGAAGGCCUUAGGACCAAAGGACCCCAUCAUACCCUAGCGCAGUCUGUUCUUGGGCUCAGUCAAGGUAGGACAUAGAUCAAAGAAGAACAAGAAGCAAAUAGCAGCACUAUUCAGCGGUGCCCCUCCUGAAGGGCCCCGGCGGGAGCCCAGGCCACACGCCCUGCCCCACGAGGUAUUUAGUGUAACUGAGACCCCUCAGGAGAGGCGGACUCGCCCCUUGUGCUGAGGAAGGCUGCUCUGCAGGAAGUGGGGUCUGGGUGUCAGUGCUUAGCGUCAGAAAUGUGUUCCGAGUCUUUAACCGAAAAACACAAACAGCACAGCUUCGACCUCCUUUCUGUGCUUAAGUGCAUGAGCAUCUCUACAGUUUUAAGGUAAUUCUUCAUAAGGCACUUUGGCUCUUAAUAUAUUUAAUCGUAUUUACAUAUCUAUUUUUUAUAAAUAGCGCAUAAAUUCAGAGGGGACUCACUCGGUGUUUAUAUGGACGCCUCCAGCCGGCUUGGCUGAGGGGCACCGGGCCCUGUGGCUUUCCCCGGGGCCCUGGCUCCCGCCCUUCUCCCCAGCGCGGGCUGUUCUCAGCAGGACAGGCACGAGGCAUGUCAAAGGUGUGUCCUUUUUCCUUAGCGAAGAGCUGCUCCCCGAGCGCCCGCCCUGAGCGGGGUGCCGGCAGGCACCGGGAAGCGGUGCUCUCCGUCGGUCUGGGAUUCCGGUCCUAUUCACCAUAGCUUAUAUUUUUAUGUUUCAAGUGAAAUCUGUUAACUGUUGAUUUCUGUGUUCUGUUCUCAGAACUCCACCAUCUCUAACGUCAUUUCACACUGUCUUUUCCAAAGGGGUUUAAGCAUACAUCCCUCCAAAAAUCAAGCACGUCUGCUUACGAAAGUCUUAAACAGGGCAGAUGAUCCCAGCAGAGAUUUCGUCAGCAUUUUUGUUUUUCAAGUUUGGGGAGAGUGGUUGGCUUUAAACGGGUGAGCUUUAGGACCCGUGUUGAAUUCUGGACCAGAGAGGGCCUUGAUCUCCGUGUGGAAUCCUUCCUACAGUUCUGCGUGGCGCCACCAAAGCCUGGUCAUGGAGGCCGCGGCGGCCCUGGCUGGAGGGCGGCCGUGCGGCCACGCCACGCUGGUGGCUUCCAGGAGCCACGUACCUUUCCGUGCCUAGACUCCCCAUCCGUAGAAUGGGGUCACUACCACCUACCUCAUAGGGGUGUUGUGAAAACUUAGAAGAACAGCGUCAAACGUUUUUAACGCUUAGGGAAGAGAGAGUGGCAUAAAUGAAAUCUACGCUGUGUCAGGUCACACAGACAUGGACAUCGGCGAAGCUGUACCGGACGCCGGAAGUGUGUGUUCAAAAGAGCAUUUUACCAACUCAGAAAUAGCACUUGUUACUAGAUUUCAUGGCCUAAUUACUUUUUUUGUUCUGAUGUAUACCAAAGAGGUUUACGGGUUUGUUGAUUACUGGGAUGCCACGCGCCUGUGUGAGUGGACUCUUACCGUCGGCUCGUGAGGGCCUGGCAGCCAGGCGGCCGCCGCCCAAGGGCCCAGCAGCAGGUCCCUCUGGCACGAACACUCCCCAGGGGGCGUAGACAUGCACUGAACUCUGGGAACUUGAGUUGACUCACUUCUGGCUUGUUCUCCAGACAAGCUUAGCCAAUAAACCCCGUUCAUUUGGAUUGCAGAAUGCAGGAGGGCGUGGCUGGGAAGGGGCUGGGCUGGGUCCGCCAGGAUGGGACCCCGCUUUCACUCCCACUGGGGGCUGUGAGGCUGUCGUUAAGAGACGGGGAACAGCUAACGAGGGCUCCGGCUUUGUGGACAGGGAGUCUGGAGGUGCGGGCGUUUGGCGCUCCCGACCUGCUCCGCCUGCUGGAAUUCACAGCGCCCCCGUUGCUGCCGGCCCCUGAGCCCAGAGGGCGGGCCUGGCGUUCUGUGGCGAGGUGCUGCUGUCACACCACCUGGGCUUGAAAGUACUUCCGCGCGUGGGACUAGGGGCCACCCGCACCCCGCCUUGUACGUCCAGGGCAGAAAUAGUUACUUAGGGAGAAAAGAUGAAUUGCUUAGGGGCAGGAUUUGGCAGGUGACUGGCUUCCAUCUAGUACUGACAUUUUCAGAUUAUUUUUAACUCCAUAUAUUUAGCAGUGACAGUGCGUACGCAGAGAAUCAGGUUAAUGAAGCACAGGAUUUUUGGGUAAAGGCCACGUCACCCGGUCCCUCAAAUUAAACUGUCAAGAGAUUACUUGCUUUCUUCAUUGCAGGUUUUAAAGUGGAGAUUCUUAAAUGGAAAACAGGCACAGCGCAGAACGCAGCUACUUUGAAGCAGCGCAAAAUGAAACGUUCUGUGAGGAUUUGUAGGCUGUGGCCAGUGGUUUACAGAAAAGAGGGAGUGAGAGUGGGUGAGCCUGGCCGAAAGCAAAAGGCAGCAGACCCCACUGCCCCUUCCUCUGUAUGAACUGCUGCUUGAGCCUAAAAACUAAACUUGACUAAUCCCUUCCAUGUACGUAACACUCGGAGUGAGCGACCCCGAGGGGAGCGCUCCUGCACCACUGCCCGUGUCUGUGGCGCAGGCUCGGGGACCGGCCACAGCUCCAGCGGCCCCGCCGUAACAGGGACAGUGAGCCACUGUCCCUUCUGCACUUUCUUACUGCCUUAGAUAGUUGUGAUCUCCCGCCGCGUCGUGCUCCGGCAGUGGCUCGGGGAGGGCGCCGGCAGAGGCUUGCUCUCUGCGCCCAGCCGUGAGAGCCGACGCCUCGUCCCGGGCUUGGGGGCCAGCCGCCGGGGCGACCCCACGCGCUUGCUCUAGGGGACGCCGCCCGUAGCUAGGAGAGUAACUUAUGGAGUAAUUAUUUUACUCGUUUUUACACGCAGAAAUGUUUAUUUAAAUAUUUUAAAUGGGAUUUUCUUUCACCGAUACAGAUUAUUCUUUCCAAUUCUUAAAUAAAACUGUACUUGGUUUCACUA